CACCCUGAGGAUGGAGAGAGGAGCCAAGGAGAAGAACCACCAGCUUUACAAGCCCUACACCAAUGGAAUCAUUGCAAAAGAUCCCACUUCACUAGAAGAAGAGAUCAAAGAAAUCCGUCGAAGUGGCAGUAGUAAGGCUCUGGAUAAUACUCCAGAGUUUGAGCUCUCCGACAUUUUCUACUUUUGCCGGAAAGGAAUGGAGACCAUUAUGGAUGAUGAGGUGACAAAGAGAUUCUCAGCAGAGGAGUUGGAGUCCUGGAACCUGCUGAGCAGAACCAAUUAUAACUUCCAGUAUAUCAGCCUCCGGCUCACUGUCCUGUGGGGGCUAGGAGUGCUGAUUCGAUAUUGCUUCCUUCUGCCGCUCAGGAUAGCACUGGCUUUUACGGGGAUCAGCCUUCUGGUGGUGGGCACGACUGUGGUGGGAUACUUGCCAAACGGGAGGUGAGUUAUCUGGGAGAGUCUG